AUGUGGAAGCCCAGGACACGAGCUGCCUUGCCCUGGCGCAGUCUCUGCUCCGAACGCCCCCGUCCCCAUUCGUUCAUUCAGUCACGAGAAGCUUCCAAGCGCCGGAUCUGCCGCAGGAUCCCGGUUCCAGCCCGGCUCCAGCGAAGCAGACAGACACAGUCCGUGUCCUCCAAGAGAUCACAGGGUUGUGCAAGGGGCCGUCACCCCAUCACAGGGUUAUGGAAUGGAAGGACACGAGCAAGCAGUCCUCCCCGGGAGCGGUGGCCAGGCAAGGCUUCUGGAGGACGGACGGUGGCCCGGGACCCCCAACGACAAGCAGCGGACGGCGAGCACGCAGGCGCACGUGAGUCCACAAAGGGGACCAGGCAUCAAAGGCGGAACCGGAAGGGGCGGGGCCACCCCGACAGGCAGUUCCGUUCGCUGCGCGCGCAGACGGCAGCUCAGGGCCGGCGGGGGCAGGAGGAAGAGCGGGGAGUUCGGCCCGGGAGCUUCCGGCGGGCAAGGCGGAGGUGGCAGAUGACAAGAGCUGUAGCUUGGCCACCGCGAAGGGCCCUGGAAAGUAGAACUCGCUGCGUGGGGAGAGAGCAGGGCCUGACCCCACGGGUUGUGCCUACCUUCGCCAGGGCACAACAGUCUCCACGAGGAUCCCUCCCCUGUGCCCGUCAUAGUGCGCCCACCCUGGGCCCUCCCGAUCCCAAGGGCAGGAGCUGCCCUGAGGGGCUGAGCGCAGGCGGCGCGGGCCGUCCGCGCACUCAUCGCGGGACUGCCAAUCCCCUGUGCCCGGUGCCCUUCCUAUCCCAGCGGGGUUCGUCCCAGGCUGGCGGUGGGGCAGGAAACCCGAGUAACCCCCGCACAGCGCACCGGCAGCGGGGAGGGCCCGUCCCGGUGACGUGCGUCCUCUUCCGGCGAGCUGCAGGGAAAAUGGAGCCUGCAAAGAAGACUGUAACUUGUCGAAUGUCGUCACCUGAAUGUUUCGUCUGGUGGUGUAGACUCCAGGAAAGCAGGGAAGUGUUCUCUGAGGUCCUGUUCAAGCAGAUCUUCCCACCAUCCCAGCCCCCAACCCCCAGUGUCCUCUUCGAUGUCACUCCGGUCUUUGUGAGCCGGGGAGGGAAAGCCCUGGAGUAUUCGGUUCCAAGCGCUCCCCAGCAGUUCUCAGAAGGGCACAAAGAACUGCCGUGAAUGUCACAUUGAGUCCCCACAGCUGCACCUGCCGGCCGCCCCGGUUCACCCGGGGGUCACCGCGCGCUCGCAGAUUCUCCGAUGGCAAGGAGAGCUACUAUGUUUUCAGUUCA